GUGGGGGAGCACGUGACUGGCCCGCCGCCCCACGUGACCUCGCCUCCCCACGUAACCCCCUGCAGCAAUGGCGGCGCGCAAGGGACACCACGCUGACCGUUCGCAGGCCGGGUCCGCGGAGCCUCGCGUUCCGGCAGAGAGCGAUGGAAACGCGGAGGAGGGAGACUUCAACCUCAACGAUGUCAUGCGACUCGGCGGGAAGAAGGAUGACUACAUCAUGCUGGCGGCGUUGGACGAUGGCAUAGAGCUCGUGGAUGGAGGGAAGAACCAGGGCAUCGAUGAUCUGGAGGAAGGAGAGCUCCGCACCUUCAUCCAGUCGCUCGGCUUCAACAAGCACGAACAUCGAAUGGACGAGACCCCCGAGGAGGAGCAAGAAGAGGAGGGGGGGCGGCCUCCGGAAGAGGGAGACGCCGUCCGGAAGCGAGGCAAAGCUGGCGCCACCAAGGAGCUCAAGAAGGAGAAGGUGGACAAGAAGAGUAAGAAAACUGAGAAGGUGAAGACGAAAGAAGAGAAGGUGAAGACGAAAGAAGAGAAGGUGAAGGCGAAAGGAGAGAAGGUUAAGGACCGUGCGGUUACCCGUUUGGGCAAAACGGCUGAGGCAAAAGCGCCAGCCAAGAAAAGGGAUGGGGCUCGCGAACCGCUGCAGCUGAACGAGGUGUCAAGCAGCACGCACGCUGCCGCUGGCGGCAGGAAGGGCAAGCAGGCGGACGCGCUUGCGUUCACCCCGCGCCAGCAUUUGCUCAUUAAGCCCGGCGGGAAAUGGCAUGACAUGGAGUACACGAGCGAGACGAACGCCGCCGAGCAGGACGAGGAGCUGGUGCGGCGCCACCUGGAGCUCGCCGAGAAGCUGCUGGACCAUGAAGUGGAGCUGUACCGCACGCGGCGCGAGAACCAGAAGGGCGGCAGCUCGUCGUGGAUGAAGACGGUGGCGAGCGCCGGCACGCUCGCCGACCGUAUGGCGGCGGCGACCAUCCUGGUGCAGGACGCGCCCGUGCACAACCUGAGCUGCAUCGAGACGGUGCUGUCGCUGGCACGCACCAAGGGCAGCCGGCGCCCCAGCCUCAUGGCCGUCGACACGCUCAAGGAGCUGCUCGUCUCGGACCUGCUGCCCGACGGGCGCAAGCUCCGCAACUUCUCGCAGCGGCCCUUCGACCGCCUCGACGAGCUGAGCAGCGGCAACAAGGACGCGCGCGAUCGCCGCCUCGUCCUCUGGCUGUACGAGCACCGGCUGAAGCGGCAGGUGGCCGAGCUGGCGCAGACGCUGGACCUGCUGUCGCACGACACGGUGGAGGCGACGAAGCUGCGCGCGGUGGGCGCGGCGCACGAGCUGCUGGGCAGCAAGCCCGAGCAGGAGAAGGCGAUGCUCACGCUGCUCACCAACAAGCUGGGCGACCCGGCGCACAAGGUGGCGUCGCGAGCCGCCUACCUCCUGGAGGGGCUGCUGGCGCGCCACCCCAACAUGAACGGCGUUGUCUGCCGCGAGGUGGAGCGGCUGCUCCACCGGCCUAACGUGGGCGCCAAGGCGCAGUACUACGGCGUGUGCUUCCUCAACCAGGUGGCGCUGAGCCACGAUGAGGGCGCCCUCGCCGCCAGGCUCGUGGGCGUCUACUUCUCGUUCUUCCGCUCGUUCGUGAAGAAGGGCGAGGUGGACUCGCGCAUGCUGGGCGCGCUGCUGAGCGGCGUGAACCGCGCCUACCCCUACGCCGAGCUGGCCGACGGGGCGCUGAGCGAGCAGCUGAACACGCUGUUUCGCGUUGCGCAGGUCUCCGCGUUCAACACCGGCGUGCAGGCGCUCAUGCUGCUCUUCCAGGUGAUGGACUCGCAGCAGGCGCUCUCCGACCGCUACUACUCGGCGCUCUACAGGAAGCUGCUGGACCCAGGCCUGUCGUCGUCGUCCAAGCCCAGCAUGUUCCUGAACCUGCUGUACAAGUCGCUGAAGGCCGACGUGGUGGCGCGCCGCGUCAAGGCGUUCGUCAAGCGCCUGCUGCAGGUGGCGUGCGCCCAGAGCGCCGCGUUCGUGUGCGCCGCGCUGCUGCUCGUCUCCGAGGUGCUGCGCAUGCGCCCCGAGCUGCGCUCCAUCCUGGACACGCGCGCGGACUCCGACGACGAGGAGCACUUUGAGGACGCGGCGGAGGAGGACGAGGACGAGGUGGACGGGAAGGAGCGAGCGAAGGGGGCGAGCGGCGCGUUCUCAAAGCCCGGGGUCACGGAGUCGAACCCGGAGGCUGUGGCGCAGGGCGAGGACGGGAAGAGCGCAGCGCCCGCUCGCGCUGGCUCGUCCGCACGCGCCUCCUGGGUUCACCAUCGCAACCGGGAGGGAGACCGCACGGGCGGCGUGUACGACCCGACGCACAGGAACCCCCUCUACUGCUCCGCCGACAAAGCGUCGCUCUGGGAGCUGCGUCUGCUUGCCAACCACUAUCACCCAUCUGCAGCCUUGUUCGCCAACACCAUCCUCCAGGGCGAGUGCGUGAGCUACACGAGCGACCCCCUGCAGGACUUCACCCUCAUGCGCUUCCUCGACCGCUUCGUCUACCGCAACCCCAAGCAGCAGCGCGGGGAAGAGACGGUGUCGAGCGCCUCGGUCAUGAAGCCCAAGCAGAAGCGCUUCCUCGCCCAAGACAUCCGCAACCUGCCAGUGAACAGCAAGGCUUACCUGGAGCUAGACGAGAGCAGGGUCCCCGUGGACGAGCUCUUCUUCUACAGGUUCUUCAAGCAGCGCGAGGCCGAGCGCGGCCCCAAGCGGCAGCGCCAGGAGGAGGACAACGAGAGCAUCGACGACGUCAGCGACGACGAGUUCGAGAGGUUCCUCGACACGUACGAGGGGGACGAGGAUGACGUGGAUCUGCUCAGCGACGGCGACGCCGGCGACGACCUGGACUUUGCCGGCAACAUCAAGAAACCAGAGCAGAAUAAGAAGAAAUCUCAAGGAGGGGACGGCAAUGACGACGACGACGACGACGACGACGAUGGCGAAGAUGACGAAGACCUCGAUGACCUGGAUGAUGAGGAAGUGUCUCUGGGAAGCUUCGACGAGGAGGACUCUGGCGACGAGGUCGGGGAAGAUGGCGGAGCGUUCGUGAACGGGGAGGACGACGACGACGACGAGGGGGAGGAAGGGUGGGAUGCUUUUGACGAUGACGCCGGCGACGGCGAUGGUGAUGGUGAUCUAUCGAGCGGGCGUCACGCGAAGAGGCGGCCUCUCUCUGCAGGGGGCGGGGUAAAGGGGGCUCAAGUUGGGGGCGCAGGAGCCAAGAAGCGAGAGAGGCUGGAGACCAUCGACUUCAAGUCGGCCAUGACAGGAGGGGGACACAGCGGGAAGAGGCGGAGGAAGGACGGUGAUCAGCUGUUCCUAGCAGCAGAGGAGUUCGGGACGAUGCUGGAUGAACAUUCGUCCUCGGGCAUCGACUCGUCGGGUCUGAACGCCAUGGCCAACAAAGACAACUCUCACGCCAAGCAGCUCAACUGGGAGGCGCAGCGCGACCGCUGGGUCCAGGGGCACGGAGACCGACGCGGGCGGCCGUCCUGGAAGAGGAAACGGCGGAGUGGAGGUGGGGGAGGGGGGGGAGCCCCGGCAGGUGAAUUCGGGGGAGGGGCCCCACGCAAGGGGGCGGCUGGCGGAGGAGCGAGGGCAGCGGGGAAGAGGCCCGGAGGGAAGGAGAGGAGGAGCAGGAGGUGAUGGUGACGAUGGGGGUGACGAUGGGGGUGACGAUGGGGGGGGUGGCGGUUACGACGACGACGAUGAUGAGGAUGACGACGACGAUUUGGACGAUGGAGGUGGUGAUGACAGCGUGGAUGAUGGGAGGUGGCUCCGACGACGGUGGUGAUCGUCAUGGAGGUGAUGGCGAUGUUGUGUAGUGCCAAUUGUGUCGAUGGUUGUGAGAUGAUGAUGAUGGUUAUGAUGAUGAUGAUGACGACAACAACGUUGGUUCUGAUGACAGUGGAGAUGGUUGUGAUGUUGAUUGAUGAAGCAGCCGUUAACACACAGCUGUUCAAACUGUACACAAACCAGGAAAUAAACGUUGGCGUGUUCAAA